AUGAACGGCCCUCUGUACAAGCAAGCUAACAGCAAUGUCGUACUCGUUCGGCGCGUCAAGAGGAAAAACGAGGGCCCAAUGAAGCAGCUUACUCGCUGGUUCGUUAACAACCAGAUUGGAUUCUCCUUCAACCUCCUCGCGCUCCUCUUCCUCGCCCACGGCAUGCCCCGCGCCCGCGAUUACACGGCCAAAUACUUCAACCUCUCCUACUUCAACCCGAGCACGGGGAAAUACGGCUUGGGUUGGUAUGAUGGCCACCUGAUUCUCUUCUGCAUCGUCCUGCUCACGGGCCUGCGCGCCGCCACCAUGGAAUACAUCCUUGCGCCGUUCGCCAAAUCCCAGGGCCUGUCCAAGAGGAAGGAUAUCACCCGGUUCAGCGAGCAGGCUUGGAUGUCGGUUUACUAUGCGAUUUUCUGGCCCUUUGGACUGUACAUUUACUACCAAUCGCCUGCAUACCUCAACUUACACGAGCUGUGGACCGGCUGGCCCGACCGGGAGCUGACGGGGCUGAUGAAGGGAUACAUGUUGGCGCAGCUGGGCUUCUGGCUACAACAGAUCAUUGUCAUCAACAUCGAAGAGCGCCGGAAAGACCACUGGCAGAUGUUCACCCACCACAUCAUCACGAGCGUGCUCAUCUACACCUCGUACCGCUACGGCCACACGCGCGUGGGCAACCUGAUUCUAGUUCUCAUGGACGUGUCCGACCUGGCUCUCGGGAUCGCCAAGUGCCUGAAGUACCUCGGCUACCACACCAUCUGCGACGUCAUGUUCGGCGUGUUCAUGACCUCGUGGCUCGUCGCCCGCCACUUCCUAUACCUCGCCGUGUGCUACUCCGUGUGGGCGCACACCCCGGUGAUCAUGCCAACCGGCUGCUUCCGCGGCCCACGCGACAACCUCACGGGCCCCUUCGACCCGCCCACCGAUAAGGGCUUCAGCUACCUGCUCGAGCCGCUGUGGGACUCGGAAGGCACAUUCUGCUACAACGAGACGGUCAAAUGGUCCUUCCUGUCCAUGUUGCUGUUCCUGCAGUGCCUGACGAUCAUGUGGUUCGCCAUGAUCAUUCGCGUCGCGGUGAAGGUGCUCAAGGGCGCGCCGGCCGAGGACGUGCGGAGCGACGACGAAGGGGACGCUGAGGAAGAGGUGGAGGGCGAGGUGGACGAGGAGUUUGACUAUGAGGAGGCGCUCGAGGAGGAGGUGGGCGUCGAGGAGAUCGAUCUCAAGAACUGGGAGCGCAGGACUGGUGUUAAGAGGCAGUCACCGACAACUACGGGUGUCAGCCUGCCCGGGCACAGUGAUCGUAAGGAGCUACUGGGGCGGAUUGGGUGUGAGAAGCAGGUGGACUAA